CUCGCGACAUGAUCGGAAAGACUGUUCUCUAAUAGUGCCAGGGACGGCAGAGUGCGUCUAAUUGAUUUUCUAUCUUGAAAUGGGGGAACCUAAAAACUUUCGAUACAACGGAUUAAUAUAUUGAACGAAAAUAUCAAGCGUUGAACUAUGCUUGAUUAAGCAGCGAUUUGACGUUAACCCUUCAUUUAAAAUCUGUGAUGACAAGAGAGGGAGUAUUGAAAUCAACUCGUUUAUUGAGAAUUAUUUCGCGGCUUUAUUUAUGAUAUUCUAACUAAAAAUGGGGUCGAAUUUUCUAACGCUCGUCACAGUUUGUAUAGUGAUGAAGAUUAUGAAUAGAGAACAAGUCGAUGCCACUACGCGGCAGCUGAUUGCACGUGCAAUUCCUCUAAAAGACAGAAAGUUGAAUACGGCACCCCUAAAAACAGUUUUAACUCGAUCGAGGAUUGAAUGUCUCAAGGAAUGUAUUCGAACAUCCGGAUGUGAAGCCCUAAACUUUGGUAAGAAGGACAAGUGUGAACUUCUUGGCACCUUCCUCUGCGCGAAGACGGCUAGCCUCAUCCCUUCAACAGACUUCGCCUACUAUGACGUGGAGUUUGAGGACACGCUGUCGAGUAUUGGUAUCUAUGACUCCAAACCAUCUUGCAAGACCGAGGGAAAGUGUUCUCCGAAAUGUGACUGUGAAUGGACAUCCGACUUCGACGUGAUGCCGGGGUUCUACGUCGUUGGCUUUACGAUGGAGACCGUCGCUGGGGUGACGCUGGCAGAAUGUCAACAACGUUGUGUGGACGCUACGGCGUUCCAGUGCAAGUCCGCAGAUUACAGUUUCUCCACGUGCUACCUGUCUCACGUCAACAGCAUCGACGUCCCCGAGGCCUUCUCCAUACAGAACGGCUACACCUACCUUCACAGAAAGUGUCAGUAGAGCCCACUGAGCCCGCCUUACACAGACUGCUGUUUGACAUGUGCAUUUAAGUCCUUGGUUGUACCACACUACUGUAUUUUAAUAGUUAAGAAUUCUUUGAAAAAAAAGGUCAUGUUAAGGUCACCACCAUGUAUCCUCCGAAAGGUCUGUUUUGAGGUUGCCAAACCCCCUUUUGGUUCCGGGAUUUCACGAUGCUUUUGUAGAUUUGUUUCGGGAUUCAGGGGUGAGCUAUUAGACGUGGAAAAAAAAUAGAUGUUGGUCUUGGUAAAAUCAUUCUGCGCCAGUGUAUUUCAGUAGACAGUGGGUAUGUCUGCUAGGUCUUCAGCAACUCAUGCUUGCCGUAAAAGGCGGCUAUGCUUGUAAGAGGCACUAACGGGAUCGGGGGGUCAGGCUCGCUGACUUGGUUGAUGCAUGUCAUAGUAUCCCAACUGCG